AUGGGAAGUGAUUGGGAAGGCCCUAAGCUACUUGGAGGAGUUCAGCUCCUAUCACAGACAGGAAAAGAUAGAGAGAGAGAGGCGGAGGUGAUUACCUGGAUGCGACCGCCGAGGGGUUGGGUGAAGGUGAAUGUAGAUGCCGCGGUGUUGAAGGGGGAGGGGACAGGACUGGGGAUGGUUAUGCGCGAUGAAAAUGGAGCUUUUCAGCGAGCAGCAGUACGAAGGGAGAGGAGAUGCUGGCCACCGGAAAUCGCCGAGAUUAAGGCGGUGGAAUUUGACCUAAAGCAGCUGGAAAGGAGUGGGGGUCGCCAGGCGGUGGUGGAAAUGGACUGUUAG